AUGUCAGACGGCAACAAGAGCUCCUGCUGCAAGGGAAAUGAACUCCCAGGCGACCCACGAACACUGAAGAGUCGAGUCCUUGAGGGCGGAGCUUCAAUGAUCCAGGACUUCACGCCAGUGAAACAAAUAUGCGCCCAUCUCAAUGCAUUCCACGUUUACGCCGACGAUCCAACGCGAUGCGUCGAAGCCAACCACUACUGCACUCAUUUAACAGAGGACAUCCGCCAAUGCCUAAUCUACGACUCACCUGAGAAAAAUGCCCGCCUCAUCGGCGUGGAAUACAUGGUCACACCGCGGAUUUUCGCGACUCUUCCCGCUGAAGAGCGUAAGCUCUGGCACACGCACGAGUUCGAGGUCAAGAGUGGCAUGCUGGUCAUGCCAGCACCGGCUGGUAUGCCCGAUGCUGUAUGGGAAACCGCGGAGACGGCAGAGAUGCAAGAUGUUGUGCCUCUUUAUGGCAAGACGUAUCAUUUCUGGCAGGUUGAUCGUGGAGAUCCUGUGCCUAUGGGGGAGCCGCAGUUGAUGGGUAGCUUUGUAUCGAAUGAGAGCGUGGAGGUUGCGCAUCCUGCGGGGUUGGAUUCGUUGUUGGAGGAUCGGAAUAAGAGGUUUGGCGUGGAUCAUCAGAAGAAGGCGAAGAAGAGGGAGGGUAUUGAGCCAGUUGAGAAGCAUACCGAUGCUGAUUCGAUGUGGACCAAGGCAACUUGA